AUGGACUCAGUCUUUCCAGCUGGGGGCUAUCAGCUACCCAUGCACCGGCGACUAAGCCGGCUUUAUAACGACACCAAGAAGUCAUCCGACUUCCUCACCCAACCCGUUCAAAAUGCCGAGGACCCUGACAUCAAGGCCCUUCACAGGAAGCUGCGAAUCCAGAAGGAUCGGUUCGUAAGCUGGGGAAUGGAAUGGUCCGAUCCAAGCCAGACCGAAGAAAUCGACGAGUCGCUCUCCAAGGCCGGUCUGAGCGAGGUCGUUGGCAGCAUUCUCUCGACUAUUCACGAUAUUGUCGCCGAGGCCGAGCCACUAUGGCAGAGCUCAAAAGCCCUUGUCAGCGGCGGUAAGGCGUCCGAAAAGUCUUCAGGCGACAAGAAGAUUCCAAUCGUCGCAUGGGACAAAGGCCGCUUUGAGGAUCUCAUUCGCGACCUCACCACCUCUGUCGACACGCUCUACGACUUGUCUAGAACCCGCUCUUCCGGCGCCUUUUCUGCACCGUCAAGCCGUACGAAGCUCUCCAAAUCCACGGCAUCCGCAGAGGAUCUGCGCUCGUUUGAGUCGACUCGCAUGCAAACACCCCAACAAAUCGACCCAUCGUCACUAACCAACCUGAACUCCAUGCCCAUUACCCAAUCUGCCGCUACUCGGGAUAUUGUUUUGAUGAGCAGACAGGCCUUGGCGACCAUUGGAAAGCAGAUCGGGCCCCAGCCAUCCGGCCCUCUCCUUCUCGAAUUCGCCGAGUUCGACCCCGUCUAUGCCACCACUGGCAUCAUGCCCCCCAUGGCUCGUUUCGAAAAACUCUCUGCAGGCCUGCAGCGUGAGUCGCAAAGAGCUCCCGGUGCUUGGACAGGACUGCCCCGACUACUGGGCUACUUUGAAGAUCUCCAAUACUCCCGCCUUGGUCUCGUCUAUCAGUUUCCGCCCACCUUCAAUGCCAUCCGUCAGGACAGCAACACCCGUAACCCCAUAGACAACCUGUGCACACUGAACGAUUUACUGAUGCGCCCGGACUUCGAACCCAGGCUGGAGGCCAAGUUCCGCCUAGCCAACAACCUUGCUAAUACCGUCUUCGACCUCCACGCGCGCGGCAUCACCCACGGAAACAUCCUUGACCGCAACGUCACGUUCUGUAACACGCAUACCCCUGACAGGCCGGACUCAACAAGUGAGGUCGACAUUCGCCGGCCUUUGAUUUCUUCAUUUGAUCUCUUUCCGGAUGCGCCAUCUGAUCAUGAGGAGGUUCCGUUCAUCCAACUCUAUCGCCACCCUCUGGACCCUCGCACAGCACCUGCUGGUCCAAUCACCGACCGGACGGACUCGAGGAUCCUCGACCUGUACUCACUGGCCAUGAUCUUGACGUCCAUCGGGUUAUGGACACGCCUGGAAUACCUUGUGCCAGACCCGCUGUCGCCCUCCAUUCCGGAAUCCAUCCUCGAACAGCUUGCCAUUCGCUGCGGCACCCUCUAUGUGAAGGCCGUGCAGGUUUGUUGGGAUGCUGUUGAUCAGGAACUCGCUGGCAAGGUCGUUGGCGAAGAGCUCUUGGCCAAUGUUCAGGUCAAGGCAAGCCGUUACCUGGAGGCAUGCUGUAUCUUGGACGGCGUCAGCGGCCUGGACGAGCGCCCGGCGACCCAGAUUCAGGCCCGCCAGACAGCGUCGGAUGAGAUGAAGGUCCAGAUCGCUCGUGUUCCCGUUCCGGAACCAGCGCCUGCCAUGGAUUCCGAGAAAGCUCUUCUUGCGAAGCGCGACGCUGAACGUAAGAACCCUUCUCCCCAUGCACUACAAAGUCCACAUUUUGAGAUUUCGACAGUCGAGCAAUCCUCGGUCAAGCCUUCCAAGCAGCGCUUGUACCCUAAUGUGCCACUCUCCCCUGAUGCCAUUGAAAAGUGGCACACGACCGUCAUGCCGCAGGUCAAUCAGGCCUUGCGUCAUUUCUAUCGCAAGUAUCCCGAAACUGUUGAAAUCUCCCUCGAGUCUAUCGGCGUCUCGCCUCAGAAAACCAAACCUACUGUCCUCGUCGUUUGCACCUCCGUCAGCAAGGUCAAGGCGAUCCUCAAACGCAAGCUCGGCGAGGUAUUCGAGGCUGGCAAUGAGUUCGGCCUCAAGGUCUGCAAGGGCCAGAUCGUGCUGUCCCGAAAGCAAGCGGGCGAUUCAAAGCGCAACAUGACCGUAGAAGGCAGUGACGGCGGAGAAACGACGCCCGCCAAUCCUAGCUAUCAAGAGUGCCCAAACAACGGGGCCAGCAUUGGCGCCUGGAUCGGGGACCGUCACCUGCCUCCUGUUAGUUUCGGCGGACUUGUCAUCGUGGACGAUAAGCCUUACGGCAUGACAGUGCACCAUAUGCUCGACGAUCCAGACCAGGACCGAGCCCCUCAGAAAGACCUUGCCGAGUCAACCCACAGAAGUAUGGCGAGACCAGACGACAUGUCUCUCCAGAACUUCUAUGCUGACUCUGCCGAUGACAGUGGAUCUGAGGACGUCGCUUGCGAGUUUUCGGACAGCGACUCGGAAGCAUCCGAGACGGACAUCACCAGCGACACUUCGGAUGACGAGUCCGAGAGCGACGACGGAGAGUACGGCCAGCCCGGCGAUAUUCCCGGCGUUGAGCCCGGUUGCGGAGAGGGAUACGUCGUGACGCAGCCGGCCAUGGACGACGUCGACGACGACUUUUACCCUUGCGCAGAGACAGCCGACGAGGAUCACCUUGACUCGUAUAGCCUCGGAGAGGUCUACGCAUCGAGCGGGAUACGACGCCGUGAGCAGGACGGACUCGUUCAUGAGAUCGAUUGGGCGCUCUUUGAAUUUCAUGAAGAGAGGCUACCCGACGACAACUCUAUCCCUCACUUCAAAAAAACGACCAAGAAGGACGCCACAGCGCCAACUGGAGAUAAUUUCAUGCGUCCGAUGGACGUGACACCGUCCUCCGCUCUGCCCGGUCUAGAGGUUCAGUGUAUCGCGCGCACAAGUGGUCUGCAGUCGGGCCGAAUCUUGCCAGCCAUGGUCAGCAUUAGGAUCUACGGUCGCCAGUCACCCAGCCACUCGUACCAAGUCACCAGCGGGAUGGCAUCGCCGAGCAUGGGCAUCCCGGGCGACUCAGGCGCGUGGAUCAUGGAUCGCGAGAUGGGGCGCGUGUGUGGCCACGUGCUGGCCUGGAGUCAGCGUAAGAUGGUGGCGUACAUAUGCCCCAUGGAUGUGCUGCUUCUUGACAUUGCCGAGACGCUUGGCGCAGAAACUGUUCGAUUGCCUGGCGGUGAGCCCAUUGUGCGAAUCAUGAACGCCGAGGAGCGUUUCGCGCAGUACGGCGACGGCGACGAACUGGGAAGCUCACCCUUUCUGGACCCUCGCGAUGACGAAGACCUAGGCGAUCUUCUGGGGGAGGACGAGGACGAGGCACCCAUGUUGGCGCGCUCGCAGGCGGCUCGUAAGGGACACGGCGACAAGGGCCGCGUGGCGCACAGCGAAAAAGGAAGAGCGAGUUACGAUAAAGCUGCCGACGCGUCAACGGGUGACGUGACGAAGGCUAUGGAGUCGGUAGGGAUUGGCGGCGGGCGAUUAGGCGUCGGGAUGUGCAGCUGA